AUGAGAAAUGAGAAAGCCUGUGACAGCAGCCACUGGGGCCCCCACUGCAGCAGCCGCUGCCAGUGUCAGAACGCGGCGCUGUGCAACCCCAUCACCGGCGCCUGCAUCUGCCCGCCGGGCUACAGGGGCUGGCGCUGCGAGGCCCGCUGCGAGCCCGCCGCCUACGGAAACGGCUGUCAGCAGAGGUGCCUGUGCCAGAACGGGGCGGCCUGCCACCACGUCACCGGGGAGUGCACGUGCACGCCAGGAUACACCGGCGCUUUCUGUGAGGACCUGUGCCCGGCGGGGAAGCACGGCCAGCAGUGCGAGGAGCGAUGCCCCUGCCAGAACGGAGGGAUGUGCCACCACGUCACCGGAGAGUGCUCCUGCCCCGCGGGAUGGAUGGGCACGGUGUGCGGGCAGCCCUGUCCGGAAGGCCGCUUCGGCCGCAACUGCUCCCAGGAGUGCCAGUGUCACAACGACGCCGUCUGCCUCUCGUCAACGGGCCAGUGUCUCUGUGGACCGGGGUACACCGGCGAACGGUGCCAGGAGGAGUGUCCGGUGGGCACGUACGGCGUGGGCUGCGCCGAGGCGUGCCGCUGUGCCAACGGCGCCCAGUGCUCCCACGUGAGCGGCGCGUGCACGUGCCAGCCGGGCUACACGGGGGACACCUGCGCGGUGCGGCUGUGCCCCGAGGGCCGCUACGGCCUCAGGUGCGACCGCCGGUGCCCCUGCCUGGCCCAGAACAUGCACAGCUGCCACCCCAUGUCCGGGGAGUGUAAGUGUAAGCCAGGCUGGUCGGGGCUGUACUGCAACGAGACCUGCACCCCGGGCUUCUACGGGGUGUCCUGCCAGCAGGUGUGCCAGUGUCAGAACGGCGCGGACUGCCAAAGCGUCACAGGGAAGUGUAUCUGUGCCCCAGGGUUCAAGGGAGCCAACUGUUCCACCUCUUGCCCCCUGGGAACACAUGGAGUGAACUGCUCCUCCAAAUGUAACUGCAAGAACGGGGGCGAAUGUUCAACGGUGGAUGGGGCCUGCUCCUGUAAAGCCGGUUGGUACGGAGUGGACUGUUCCAUCAGCUGUCCCAGUGGCACCUGGGGGAUCGGCUGCAACCUCACCUGCAAAUGUGGAAGCGGAGGCGCCUGCAACGCUUUGGACGGACGCUGCACGUGUUCCCCGGGCUGGAGAGGGGAGAAGUGCGACCUGUACUGCCAGGACGGCACCUACGGCGUGCAGUGCAGGGAGCGCUGUGACUGCAGCCACGCAGACGGCUGUCACCCCUCCACCGGCCACUGCCGCUGCCUGGCAGGGUGGACAGGUGUUCACUGUGACAGCGUAUGUCCCGAGGGCCGCUGGGGCCCGAACUGUUCCCUCCUGUGUAACUGUAAGAACGGGGCCUCCUGUUCCCCGGACGAGGGGACCUGUGAAUGCGCUCCAGGAUUCAGAGGGACCACCUGCCAGAGGAUCUGUUCCCCUGGUUACUACGGCCACCGCUGCAGCCAGGCCUGUCCUCAGUGUGUCCAUAGCAACGGCCCGUGUCAUCAUGUGGCCGGCCUCUGUGACUGUCUGCCCGGCUUCAAAGGAGCGCUGUGUAACGAAGUGUGUCCCAGCGGCCGCUACGGGAAGAGGUGUGCGUGGGGCUGUGGCUGCACCAACAACGGCACGUGCAACCCCAUCGACGGCUCCUGCCAGUGCUACCCCGGCUGGAUCGGAAGUGACUGCUCUCAGCCUUGUCCCCCGGGGCAGUGGGGGCCAAACUGUAUCCAUACGUGCAACUGUCACAACGGGGCCUACUGCAGCGCAUACGACGGGGAGUGCAAGUGUACUCCCGGCUGGACCGGCCUGUACUGCACACAACGCUGUCCGUUGGGUUUCUACGGCAAAGAGUGUUCUCAGCUCUGCCUGUGUAAGAACGGAGCGGACUGCGACCACAUCCGGGGACAGUGCACCUGUCGAACGGGCUUCAUGGGACACCACUGUGAACAGAAGUGCCCCCCUGGCUCCUACGGCUACGGCUGUCGCCAGGUGUGUGACUGUCUCCACAACUCCAGCUGUGACCACAUGACUGGGACGUGCUACUGCAACCCCGGCUGGAGGGGGGCCAGGUGUGACCAAGCCGGCCUGGUUGUCGUCGGCAACCUGAACAGCCUGACCAGCGCCGCCAUGCCCGUGGACACGUACCAGAUCGGAGCCAUCGCCGGGAUCAUCGUCCUGGUGCUGUUGGUGAUCUUCCUCCUGCUCCUCUUCAUCAUCUACAGAAAGAAGCUGAAGGGAAAAGAGUCCAGCAUGCCGGCAGUCACCUACACACCGGCCUUGCCCAUCUCUGCUGACUACGUCAUGGCCGACGCACAGCAAGCUGCGGCUCGUGAGGGACAUCCCAGCAACUACUUCUCCAACCCCAGCUACCAUACGCUCACUCAGUGUACCUUCCCCUCAAACAGCAGCCACCUCCCUCCUCCGUACGCAAAGGCCGAGAAUAGCCAGCUGUUUGUGACCUUGAAGGGUGCGGAACACAGAAAGAGGUCACCUUUAGCGGAACACACGGGCACCCUGCCCGCCGACUGGAAGCAGAGAGACUGCUUCAACGAGCUGGGAGCAUAUGGAAUUGACCGAAGAUAUGUCGGGAAAUCAUUACGAGAUCUGGUGAAGGGGGAGCCGUACCACGCCAGCUCCAGCUCGCUCAACAGCUCGGAGAACCCCUACGCCACCAUCAAGGACCCCCCGCUGCUGUGCCCCAAGAACAGCGAGUGCGGCUACGUGGAGAUGAAGUCCCCGGCCAGGCGUGACUCGCCUUACGCCGAGAUCAACUCCGGCCCCACCAACAGGAACGUGUACGAAGUCGAGCCCAGUGUAAGCACACUGUAUUCCACGGAGAACGGCAACGGCCAUGUUGUAUUUGGUCAGGACCCGUACGAUUUACCCAAAAACAGCCACAUUCCCUGUCACUACGACCUCCUGCCCGCCAGAGAGGCGGAAAGCCCUAACCCUCCCCCGAAGGAGCGGGACAGCAAAUGAUAUCACAGAAAGUAUGGAUGUGUUGUGCUGAAACUUCCCUCUGCAAAUGGUCCACUUUGCAGCAACACCCUUUAAACUUGCCUCGUUCUUUCAUUACAGCAUUGGUGUGUGUGUGUGUGUGUGUGUGUGUGUGUGUGUGUGUGUGUGUGUGUGUGUGUGUGUGUGUGUGUGUGUGUGUGUGUGUGUGUGUGUGUGUGUGUGUGUGUGUGUGUGUGCGAUUAUGACUUUUGGUUUGAAAUGGACGUACCAUAUGAAUGUUGAAUGAGUUAAGUUUGAGUAUGCUGCUUAUAUAAUAUGAUUCAGAGAAAAUAAUGAAGAAAGGGCAGUACGCACAUCAUAUGUAACCAGUUUUUACCAGUAUUAAGAUACAGCUUUAAAAACAAAAUUUGGAGCAAUUUCUUUGGUUAUAAUGGAUACACAUUAAAUUAUUUCAGUGUUUGAAUAAAAUUAUAGUUAAAGCGGCAGUGUGUAACAUAAGGGGAAUCUAGCGGAACGGACUUGGCAGAAAUGCAAUAUAAAAAUCAUAACUAUGUUCAAUUAGUGUCUAACCCAAUCAAAAUAAGAGUUGUGGUGUUUUCGUUACCUUAGACUGAGCCCUUAUAUCUACAUCCUACAGACUGCACCUUUAACCAAAUGUAGCAAUAUCAAUUAUAUUUGAGGAAUAACUUAAUUUUAAUAGUGUAAAAUAUUCCAGCUUUCAAAACUUAAAGAAUGAGAUUUAUGAUAGUGGUUAGACUUAAAUAUGCCAUGUGAAUGGUAAAUGCAUUUAAGUUUCAGAACUUCUUUGUAGUUAAAAACAUAAAAACAAUUUAACACUAUUAAAUAUUGUAAAACCAUCAUAAAAUAUAUAUCAGAAGUUAAAGACUAAGUGCCUUAAUGAUUAAAUUGUUUUAUUACGUUGUAGCCAAUAUGGUUGCUGGUUAACUUACUUAUUUUUCAUAAUAUUUUUCAUAAUAAUUUAUGUUUUUAAAUGAAACAAGCCAUAGUAUGUUUUUCUUGUGCGUUCUAGUCCCUUAAUGCUAUGUACAAAUAAAGCACUAAAGCAAACCCCACAUAAUAGUGCAGCAAAUAGUGAGGGAGGCAUUUCUGUUUAUAAUAAAACGCCAAAUAUUAGUGCAAAUAACUUUGCAUCACUGUAGAGUUGACACAGUUGCCAUUAAGGAUUUUAUUGUAUUUUUAAUUAAAUGUUGACUUUAUCCAUAGGUUUUGACAAAUGAAGGCAAUAAUACCACAUGCAUUUUUUCUUUUUUUAUAAUGCUUUACAGACAGUAAUACAUUGAAUUACAAAUAUUUAAAACAAUGAUUUAAAGUGUGCUUAAUGACACUGGUUAAAAAGUCACUCAUUUUGAUUGCACUGCCAUUUCAACAUAUCAGAUAAAUGUAUGCUUGAGCUGGACUUUGGCAUUCUGUAAAAUAGAAGUAGGACAAUUGAAAAUUCCUCCAAAUGUUUUACACACAUACUCCUUGUAGUUUAUGUGUAAUUAUGUUAUAUGAAUUCUAUAUGUCUUUCAAAACAUUCUCAAUGGCUUAGAAUAGCAAGUAGCAUCAUUAGACAGCCCCAUUUGUUUUAAUUAAGGUUUUAAAUGUAAAUAAUGUAUAUAGGCACUUCCAAAUAUUGGAAUGGAUUUUGACAUUAAUGUAAAAAUGUGAACAUCAUGCAGUGUCUUAUGUUAACUGAUGACAUAAACAAAUGUGUGGUUGUUGUACCGUUUGGUGAAAAGCAAGCCUUGUUAACAGGCAGAUGUAUAUACAGUUCAACAGGUGAAAUGUGCACUGCUCUGCCUUUUCAUAGUUGCCUAUAAUUAGAACAGGUGGAAACAUCUAACAGUAGUUAGAACAGUACCCCUCCCCAUCAUUCUGAUUGUGAGUAGUACUUCUUGACUACUGUAUUAGGUCACAACCAUUAAAUUCUCUUCUGAUCCACUGGAA